UUUAAUCACUAAUAAACUUUAUGAAAAUCACACCUGCUGAUUGAUGCAAGCAGACAUGUCCGAACUCGUACGAGGAGCUCAGGACAAAGAAAUCUAACAGAAUAAGGCAUAUUGCCAUCAUAAUAGAAAUAUAUGUUCAGGUAGCAGACUUUUACCAACAAAUUCUUUCUGAGAGCCCUUCAAAACCAUCUGAAGAGUUCUUCUUAAAUGAUACAGCAGAGCUUGAGGAUCUUAAAAACCAGCUUGCUCGAGAGAAGCAACUCUCCAAGAAACUUGCAAAACAAAUCAAGGCGAAUAAAGCAUGGCUAAGCAAAGUAACUAGAAAUACGAAAAGAUCCGUGAAAAACAGAUAUAUGCAAUUUUUCGCCUCUGAGCUAAAACUUAUGCUCAGAUGCAAAAUGAUAAACUCCUUAGAUAUUAUAUAAAAGUAUCCGCAUAGGUAAGAUAGAGAUUUUGAAUGAUGGUUAAUAUUUAAUCGAACAGAAUUCAAGCCACAUACACUAAUGAAGAUCCCAAUGUAUCAUUUGCAAAUUUAAAGGAAACUGCUGACCUCUGGAGGUUUCAUAAGUACUUUAAAUUGUCUGAGAGCUAAACUCAGUUCAAAACCUAAUGAAUUAAUAACUUCAUUCCCUAAAAUGUUGACAAAGUUUAUCUAAUAAUUAUUGAUAGUUACAAGAAAUAGUCAAAGAUAAUAAUGCUCCUUCAAACCUGGUACUGAAAAGAUUUUUACUAUUCAAAAGUAUUUACUUUAAAUGUAUUACACUUAGAAAAUUAGCUUUUGGAGCCUCUGUGGCUUAUCCUAUACUAGCCCUUGGUAUAUUCUUUGUGGUUCUCAAUCCUCAAUCCCUCAGAGUAUUAAUAAUGGCCCAUUCUGGUUCUUUAAUAACUCUGCCAUCCUAAGAGAUCAGCUUCAGUUUGGGUCAGUAUGAAAACAUACAAUAAUAGUUAACUAAUUAUAUUGGUGUACAGUUUCAAUUUGGUCCAAAGUUUCU